ACUGAAGCUUCGAGAAAUGAACCUAUUUCCGACACAAUUGUCCAAGUGGUUCGACGCUUCAUUCAAAGCUUAAUUUUGCCAUCACUACAUACAGCUCUCUUACCUACACUGACGUAAAAACAGGAGAAAACGAGAAUCAACCAAAAGGAAAAGGGUUUCACACUUUCACGUAGACUUACGGCAUGUCCAAGGACAGGUUAAAGUUAUGUCUAUCCUUCCAAGGUUUACAAAAUAUACACAAGGACAGAAGUACACAAGGACAGAUACAAAUACGCAACAGUUGGGAGCAGGAGAAGCUGAGUCAGAGAGAGCGGCCGAGGAACUGCACGGCUGCAGCUUAAUAUCCUCCCGUCUCCCCAGGUGGACCAAUCAGCCUGUUGAAGGUGAUGAGAGAAGAAGCCAACAAGCCUCCAGGUGACACUCGAGCAAAAGAAGGUCGUGGAGGAGACGGUGGCGCCUUCUUCGCCCUGCGGAGCUGCCACCAGCUGCUGAAGGGUGACUCCGGGGACUUCUACUCCCCGGACUACAUGUGCUCCAACCCCCCCCUGUGGUGUAACUGGACCAUCCAGGUGGCCCCUGCCUGGAGGAUCGACCUGUACCUGGAGGACCUGACCCCCGACGACGCCUGCCACCUCAAAGACGACCAGGUGCACGUGGACGAGCCCGCGGGGAAUUUUGGGGGCACCAACGUCCUGCAGAAGUGCUGGAAAGAGGCCAAAUACACGUCGUCCUCCAACACUCUGUACUUGGUGCUGCUGAUCGGGGGUUGGCCCACCCCACCCUACAGGGGCUUCUACGGACGAUACCAGGCCUUCGGACCCCCCGUGGUUUACAACGCUCAGGAGGGACUACCAGAAACAAACAUGGGGUCACAAUCUCUUCCUUCUGGACUCUUGGAGUUAAAUAAACUUCUAGAUCCAAAUCCUGAUCUCAUGUAUGACUAUAACAAUCAGCCUUCAGAGAUGAUGUCCGAGAAUGAGGAGGAUGCGGACACUGAGGUGGCUGAAAAUCACCGUCCAUCGUUGGAGAGCUACAGCCAGUUAAAAGCCGCUCCCACAGUGGAAUCAUCCACUCAGGUAACGUCUCGAUGGGGUAGAGAAGCCUCUCAAACCCCUUCAGACCCGUCAGAUUCAGCCGUCCCUCCACAGCACCAGGAGGAGGGUCAGAACCAGGAGGAGGAGGGUCAGAACCAGGAGGAGGAGAGUCAGAACCAGGAGCUCAAACACACUGAAGUCAUCUCGACAGCUGCUGUGGAGGAAGCUUCGACACAUCCAGAGGAAGCUACUGCUGCAGAGAAGGAGAAGUCUGCAGACGAUAAGAGCAGGAAGGAGGUCAUCGAGGCCUCGGAUCAACUUCCUGUCUCCUCAGAGGAACCAGAAUCAGAAUCAGAACCAGAACCAGAGGAGACUCAUCCUCAUCCCAACAUGGUGGAGCCGCUGUCAGACCAGAGAGCGCACCCCCGCAUCAGAAAUCACUCUGGCAUUUCACAUCUUCCUGGCGAUUACCUGUUUGAAGUGGCUGUGGAAAUUAACUUCCGUCCAGAUGUGGAGGAGAGCUGGGACAACCUGGCCAUGUCCCUGCUGCUCACUGUGAAGUCUUUGAUCAGUAAGCAGCUGGAGACUCUGCAUACGCCGCUGUCCAUGUCGUCUGAAAGAAUGAAAAGGCUGAGUGCUGGAGCGCUGUUCAUCGUGUGGCUGCAGCUGGAUCAGGGUCCUGGAGGUCUGCAGGUCCACAGGACGCUGCACUCCGCCCUGCAGGGACUCAUCUCAACACACGUGGGCGUCAGAGCAAACGGCAGGAAGGCCGUCAUCCUCUCCGUGUCCACUGCAGAUGUGGACGAGUGUCUGUCGCAGCUGGUGCGCUGUGACCUUAACGCAGACUGUGAGAACCGGUUUGGAUCGUACUCGUGUCACUGCAGGUCAGGUUUCCAGGACGAGUCCCGCCUCGGAUUGGUAGGAACUGUGUGUGUGAAUCAGAACGCUGCAGGCUGCAGCUCGUCCUCAGAGUCUCGAGGCGUCUACGUUCUCUUCUUCCUGCUGAGCUCGGUGCUGCUGCUGCUGCUGGGGGCCGCCGGGCUGCUGUACCUCCGCCACCACAGGGGGGCCUUCCUGCUGCGGGGCCACGUCGACCCCAACAACAACAACACCACCAACACCAGCACCCACCACUAUCAUGCUGACUCUGAGCUGCCCCCCCCACCCCCUCCUGCCCGGGGCUUCAGGGACGUCCCGCUGCUGCGCUUCAGCUCCCUGCAGCCGGGGGGGCAGGGAGGGAAGAUGUGAGCAACAGAGUAUCUUUAAAAACAUUUAGUUUAUUUUGUUUAAUUUCAGUUUCAUCUGAUGCUGUUCACCGUCUGAAUUAA